GAAACUUUGAGUCAACAGGAAAAUCGAUAACGCCCCCGCAGACCCCUCCUUUUGUGAGAGCCACGCGAAAAAAUACGUCUUCACUUCUUCUCGAACUGUCCAAAGAUGGCGAUCCUUCCAAUACUCCUGGUCUUACUGUGUGUGGCGUCUGUUAGGGCGACUGUUGGUUACGCGGCAGACGACCUCUCUCCUCCUGUAGGCCACUUCGUGGUGAACAAGAAGCCGCUGAUCGGAAAGCCCGAACCUUGCCUGCUUCUGGAUAUAUCCGCCAUGUUUCACGUGGGGUACAUCAAAGCGCACAACAACACUCGCGGGAUGGUGUCUUUUCCUCUACCCACAACCAGCGUGGUCAGUGGCGACUGUAGUCACCUUACCGACGAGACGCACUCGCAUCUCAACCUCAAGUUCAAUCUCAACAACGGGACGGAAGGAGUGUUUGGUUUGAAUCUCACGUUUGAAAGGAACAUUAUCUUCACCCACUUCUCGCUAUCGGAGGCCACGAUGAAGUACACGCUUGUACCUGAAUUGUUCCCCGACGCGAAGAACGCAAACGCCACCGUAUCGGGGAAGGCCAAAAUGUCGGGAAAACAGUUCUUCUACACGCAUUCGAACGCCUUCGAGCCCCACUCGUACCUGUGUGACAAAACCCAGAGCAUAGACUUCGACAUCCCUAGCCUAAACGCACCCAAGUCCACUCUGUCCAUCCACCAUGUUCAAGUUCAGCCCUUCUACGUACCCAGUAGUGGAAAGUUCUCUCGUCCCGAAACUUGCCCGGAAGACAUCACGACUACCCCAGGCCCGAACGUUACCACCCCCCAGCCCACCCCCACUCCUACCCCUACGCCAGUAAUCCCUGUCGGACACUUUGCUCUCAAUGACACCAAGGGGAACCUAUGUAUUCUGCUCACCGUUGGCGUGAUGUUCCGUGUCGAGUACGACGACGCGAAACAAAACAUCACCCGCAACGCCACCUACGUUCUCCCGCAGGACAGCACUGUCGGAGGCGGCUGCGACGAGUCUAAGGCAACCAUCGCUCUCUCCUUUUCCAAGGGGUUCAACUUGACCGCGACCUUCAAGACGACGGGGAACAAGAGCUUCGAACUAGUCGGCGCGUCGGUCGGGUACGUCCGGACGCCAGAUCUCUUCCCGAACGCGUCCAUGCCGGGCAGAGCCGUGAAGGAAGUCGAGCAAGACGCGUCCCUUUUUGAGACGGACCUCGGCAAAUCGUACCUGUGCAAGUCACUGCAGUACUUCGACGUUGGCAGCACGGUCAAACUCGAAGUCGUGGACCUGCAGGUCCAACCCUUCGCUGUCAAGGGCAGAAACUUUAGCGAGGUUUCCGAGUGCGCCCAAGACCUACCGUUUACAACCACAAUGAUGCCCAUACAUAACGCGACAACCGUUCCCCCUGUUAACACCACGACGGCAACCAUGUCGCCAAUCGGCAACGCGACCACAGUUCUUGCCCCCAACACCACGGCGGCCACAUUCUUACCUAUUGGCAAUGCGACCAUAAUGACCACUCCCAUGAAGACUCCCAAGCCCACCACACCGCCAAAGGAACCACCUCAAGGUCACUUCGAGGUCAAGGACACAAAAGGUCACGUCUGUCUGCUAGCCAACAUGAGUCUACAGUUCAGUGUCUCUUACACAAAGGCCGACAAGAAAAAGCACAUCGGACUAUUCGACUUACCCAAAACCGCCCACGCUACAGGUUUCUGCAGUUCCGACAACUCCAGUUUGACUCUAACGUUCCACGAUGGCCUCUUCAGCGUAACAUUCGGCUUCGUCACGGACAAGAAAGUUACAGGGGACAGCGCCAGUCGCUUUAACAUGUCUAGCAUCGAGGUCAUGUACACCGAGCUUCCUUCAAUGUUCCCCGGGACUAGUAGCCCUGACGCCCGUAAACAUGUCUCCAACAACACGCUGAACAUGUUCUCCGCAGCCUCCGACAAGUCUUACAUGUGUAAGUCCGAAGUGAACAUCACCGUUUCCAAAGAUGUGACCAUCAUGGCCAGUCAAGUUCAGCUCCAACCGUUUGGAGUCAAGUCUGGAAAGUUUUCUUCCGCUGAAGAAUGUUCGCAGGACACCACAGGUAGCAACACUGUCCCUGUCAUCAUUGGUGUGAUUGUCGGAGUGAUUGUCGUCGUCGUCUUCGUCGCGUAUAUUGUCGUGAAGAGGUCGAAGGCGCGCCCACAAAAGUUUACAAUUGUGAAUUAGUCUUUGCGACAACUUGUACAUGAGUUGUUAUUCUUGCUACUUUUUGGAGUAGUUUGAACAUGAUCCAUUUGAGAGUUUGUCCAGUAUUUUUACAUAGUACCAAAACAUAAUCAGAAUAGUUUGUAUUUAAUUUUAGGGUUAGAAAUGCAAAAGGAAGGUGCGUCCCAAAAGUUUACAAUCGUGAAUUAGGCUUUGCGACAACUUGUACAAGUUGUCUUAUCGUCCAUGACUAGUUGUUAUUGUUUUUUUUGGCUGUUCAAGAUGGCGCUGCUUCCAUGAUGUAGAAAUCUUGUCACACUUAAGUCUUAAAUCUUUAGUUAGCAACUACUUAAUUCUUAGAUGUAAGCAACUGUUUGGAGUAGGCUAAACACAAUCCAUUUGAGAGUAUUUUUUCAUUAUUUUCUGCACUGUACCAACUUGUAAUCAGAAUAAUUUGCAUCUAGUUUGAGGGUUAGAAGUAACUGUGUAGGGAUGCUACAAGACUGACAUUGCCCAGCAGUAGAAUAUGUUAGAUCCACAUGUAAUGUCUGUAACAUUUUUAAUUCUAAGCAGCCUGAUAUCAUGUAUUUGAUGUUUGUAUUAGAGAUUAAUCAGACAUGUACUUUAUGCAUUCUCAGAUGGUCGAUGCAGUCUGUGCAUUUGGGUCUAAAGUGCAUUUUAAUCUUAGGCAAAACAAUCAAUAUUAACAUUGUGCAAGAUAACGACAUAAUCAGUGUUAUCGAGCGAGGUGUAUAUUAGUCUCAAACUUAUGUGCUUAUUUUGAACUUGUUGACAAG